AUCUUCAGAAAUAAACAUGAAUGAAGGCGGCCAGGCUUGCCAGCCAAAUCCUCUGUCAUAGCCGUAUACGUUGGUGUUAUAGUUACGCGUCGUUGGCCAAACACAGAUGAUUCAUCAAUAUCAUACUGAUAAAAAGUGAUCAUAAUUAUUCAAGGAUAAUUAAUAUACGAUCCAUCAACCUUGCGGAUAUUUUUGAAUCAUUUUGAAACAAUUUUUUGAUUUUUAACUUUGAUUCUUUCCUUUUUAUAUUCAAUCUAUGGUCAACGCCUAUAUCCAAGUUCGUCUGUACUUUGUAUAUUCUAAACAUUGCCGCUUGUUUGAUUCCAAUUUUAUUUGAAUACAUUAUUUUGUACGAUUAAAAUUUGGAACCCAACAUCCAAAAACGGCAAAAUGACGGAUCGUCGAGCUGAGCUUGAAAAAAAGAAGCUUAAACUUCAACAGCUUCGUGAAUUAAAAGAACAACGACGUAAUGAUAAAUAUCGCGAUCGUGAUUUUAUGUCCGAUCUUGGACUUGGUCAACAUCAAACAAAUCGAACGAUAACAUCAACAUCAUCAGCCAUGAUGACCAAUAUGAUAAAUAAUAAUUCUACCAAUGUAAAUAGUAAUAGUUUAAAUAAUAAUAAUAAUAACAACAAUUCAAUGUCAUCAUCAUUAACAUCCAUUCCGGGUGAUUCAUCCAUUCGAGAUGUUGAUGAACUGCUGGAAUCGGUUGGUAUUAUAACGAAUAAGGGCAAUGCGUUAUCAAUAUCCAAUCACCAUCAAAAUCAACAACAGCAACAAUCCACGGCCAACGAUAUGACCAUAUCGGAAGAUGGUUCAUCAUCACUUUCUUCAUCGGUCGUUUCGAAUCAAACUAUAACGUUGGGCACAACUUCAUCUGUUGCUGUUAAACUUGGCCUAGCAUCAUUCCCGCCCGUAUUGAUUGCUCCCAAAGAGCAGGUAACUUAUGAAAAACAGACCCAAACGACGGCAACAUCUACUGCCAGCAAUAAUGGUUCGACUGGGUCGACCGGUAAUGAUGGCCGAAGUGGGCCUGUUGAUUACUAUGUAAUUCAUUGGGAUGAAGAAUGGGACGACGAAUUUCAUGUUUUGACCUAUGAUGAUAUUGGCAAUGAAGAUGAUGGUGAUAAUAGUUCUGGCCUUUUCACGAAUGGAGCCCCGACUCAUCAGAAUCAACAUGGUCAUCAUCAUCAACUUCCACAACAGCAAUCGAAGCAAGCAAAAUCGUCUCUGCCAACUGUUGAAAUGGUUCGACCAGCAACGACACCGCAAGAUUUACAUCAUCAUUUGCAUCAUCAUCAUCUUCACCGUAAUCAUUUAUCACAGCAGCCAUUAACUGAUCAUGUGGAUAUGCAACAGGAAGAGCAACAACAACAAAAGAAAAAGAAACGUUUGGAAUACAAGGAAGAAGAACGCCGGCAUUUAAUGCAAACAGAAUCAUUUCGAAAAUUUCUCGAUCGCGCUGUACGAAUUACAGAACGUGCUCUUUCCUGUACCGAUUCGAUGGAUAUAUUUGUCGAUUAUACUGGUCAAGUGGAAUGUGGUCAUGACAAUGAAGACAAAAGUGGACUACGUUUAAGUUUAAACACAACCUUUUCGGAUGAUCGCUGGACCCGUGGUCGUACAGUGACCAGUUUUGAUUGGUGUUCGCAAUUUCCAGAAUUGCUAGUCGCUUCUUAUAAUCAAAAUGAACAUGCACCAAACGAACCAGAUGGUAUAUGUUUGGUUUGGAACAUGAAGUUUAAGAAAAAUACCCCCGAAUAUGUAUUUCAUUGUCAAUCGGCCGUUAUGUCUGCCUGUUUUGCUAAGUUUCAUCCCAAUUUGAUUCUUGGUGGUACAUAUUCCGGUCAAAUCGUACUCUGGGAUAACCGUUCUGGAAAACGUGUUCCUGUCCAACGUAGCCCUUUAUCGGCUUCCGUACAUACUCAUCCGGUUUAUUGUUUAAAAGUCGUCGGAACUCCUAAUUCUCAUAAUUUAAUUUCAAUAUCGAACGAUGGCAAGCUAUGUUCGUGGAGUUUGGACAUGUUAUCGCAACCACAAGAAACAAUGGAACUAUGUCAGCAAAAACAAUCCCGUUUGAUUGCUGUCACAUCAAUGUCAUUUCCACACGCUGAUUACAAUAAUUUUAUUCUCGGUAGCCAAGAUGGUGCUGUUUAUUCGGCCUGUAGACAUGGUGCUAAAGCUGGUAUAUUGGAUGUGUUUGAAGGACACCAAGGUCCUGUAACGGCUGUUGAUUUUCACAGUGCUACAUCGCUGACACAUCAGGUGGAUCAACAACUAUCGCAUCUAUUUCUUACUGCAUCGUUCGAUUGGACCUUUAAACUGUGGAGUAUGCGUGAUAAUUCAACUUCCACGAAAUUGUUGUAUUCAUUCGAAGAUGGUAGCGAUUAUUUAUAUGAUGUUAGGUGGUCACCCAUUCAUCCAGCAUUGUUCGCCACUGCCGAUGGCCUUGGUAAACUUGAUCUUUGGAACUUGAAUCAGGAUACAGAAUUACCAACAUUAUCAACAAUCGUCGAAGGGAAUCCUGCCUUGAAUCGACUAAUAUGGUCUCCUAAUGGACAGCAAAUAGUUGUAGGCGAUGAUAACGGAAAAAUCUGGGUCUACGAUGUAAGCGAGCAAUUGGCUUUUCCCAAAAGUGAUGAAUGGACACGAUUCGCUCAUACGUUACAGGAAUUCACAAAUAAUAAUGUCGAUAUCUAGAAUCCAUGGUUGCUAUGCAAAAAAAAAUCUAGAUUAAAAAACUCAAGUGAUCUUCAUCUUUUUUCCGGUUCAUUGAAAUAUUUUUCUAUGUGAAAAAUCAUUGAUGUUGUAAUCAUUUUUUCCGCUUACCAUUACCGCUUGUUCUAUAUGUCAAUCAGCCAGCAAGCAGAAAUCAAAAAAAAAAAAAAAUUCUAUUGGCUCGAUUCAACUUAUGGGACAGUUGAUGAAAUGUUAUGAUUUAUACAUCAUUUUAUUGCCCCUAUAUAUUUUCUUAUUUUUCUCAAUAAUAAUUAAUUGAUACUUA